GCCGCAGUUUCCAUGGGGACUGAGUGGCGAUGGCGCUGCGAGGUGAGCUGCCCGAGGUGUAUGAAUGGGGCUCCGCACUCGGGGAUCCCCGCUCGGGCCUCGGUUGGCCCAUAGGCCUGAGGCGGGGAGCGCGGGGUGGGGGUGGGUUCCCGCGGCCUGGCCGCCCACCGCCCUGGGGCCUCCCCCUGCAGGCCGCCGGCUGUCGUCCGUCUCUCUGGAGAUCCUCUUCUUUCUCAAUGGCUGGUACAGCGCCACCUACUUCCUGCUGGAGCUUUUCACGUUCUUGUACAAAGGGCUCCUGUUACCCUACCCAACAGCCAACCUCAUUCUUGACCUGGUGAUGCUGUUCCUGUACCUUGGAAUCGAAAUCACCCGCAUUUUCUUCGGUACAAAAGGAAACCUCUGUCAAAGGAUGAUGCCCCUUGGGAUCAGCUUGGCCUUGACCUUCCCGUCAGCCAUGAUGGCUUCCUAUUACCUCCUGCUGCAGACUUAUGUGCUUCGCCUUGAAGCUGUGAUGGGCACCAUCCUGCUCCUUUUCUGUGCUUUAGAGGUGAUACUCGAAGUGCUUACUCUCAGCACCUUCUCCAGCAUGGAUUCUUUUUGAAGUACAAGAGACCUGCCCAUCAAGAGCCUUGGUGACUGCCCCAUGGUGUCCCAGAGGCACGUGCCCUCAGGGAGGCUGGCCCUUUGCCUUGGUCCUGGCAGCAUCUUCUAAACCAGCCUAGAGGAUGAGUUCUCCAUCUCCUUCAGGAUAGUCUUGGGCACAUGUCACCCUCUCCUAGGCCCAGGUGCACUCUGAGCUCCUGUUUGUCACAACCAAGGGUCCUGGGUUUGGAUUGUGUCAGCAGGCCCCACUUCUGUCGUGUGUCUGUCUGUGUGUGCGCGUGUGUGCGCACCCAUACACAUGUGGUGCUCAGGCUCUGUGCCCCACAAAAGCACCGUGGACCUGUUUCACAUGGCUGUUUCCUCAGCUAACCCCCAACCAAGACUUCAUCCCAUUCAUUCCUCAAAGGGAAUGAGCAUAAGAAGGGACCAGGCACUGACAACAGCUAGCUUGGGACGUUAUUUUUCUACACUACGUCUUGGAACAAACACUAUUUUGCAAUAAAUAUUU